AUUAGCAGCUCUCUCCGAGUCUUCAAGGCGCCAGAUUUGGAAGUCCAAGGCAUCUGGCUUUGUAACCUGAGCAGCUCCCAGGUUCUAGGCAUUGUCUGACUAGGUUGUGCGGCCCCACCUAGCACAUUCAGAGGAUAACAGGAGAUGGAGAAAUCAGAGAGAAGAAAGUCUGCUUCCCAGGACACAUCGGAGAAUGGCAUGGAGAACCCAGGCCUGGAGCUCAUGGAAGUCAGAAACCUUGAGCAAGGCAAAACACUGGAGGAAGUGACACAGGGACAUAGCCUGGAGGAUGGCUUGGGGCAUUCCUCUCUCUGGAGGAGGAUUCUUCAGCCCUUCACCAAGGCGAGAAGUUUCUAUGAAAGACAUGCUGCUUUAUUCAAAAAGAUCCUGCUUGGUCUCUUGUGUUUAGCCUAUGCUGCCUACCUCCUGGCAGCUUGCAUCCUGAACUUCCGGAGGGCACUGGCCUUGUUUGUCAUCACCUGCCUUGUCAUCUUCAUCCUGGCUUGCCACUUUCUGAAAAAUUCUUUCCUAAAAAAAAAGGUGUUCAUGGGAGCCGCUGUUGUUGCCCUGAUUUUCUGGCUGGCUCUGGACACAGCUCAAAGGCCAGAGCAGCUGAUCUCCUUUGCGGGAAUCUGCAUGUUCAUCCUCAUCCUCUUUGCCUGCUCCAAACACCACAGUGCGGUGAGCUGGAGGACAGUAUUUUGGGGCCUGGGCCUUCAGUUCAUCUUUGGGAUUUUGGUCAUCAGAACUGAACCUGGAUUUAAUGCAUUUCAAUGGCUGGGAGAUCAGAUACAGACUUUCCUGGCAUAUACUGUAGAAGGAUCCAGUUUUGUUUUUGGUGACACACUGGUCCAAAGUGUUUUUGCUUUUCAGUCUCUCCCAAUCAUUAUUUUCUUCGGAUGUGUGAUGUCUAUUCUCUACUACCUGGGCCUUGUGCAGUGGGUGAUCCAGAAGAUUGCCUGGUUCCUGCAAAUCACCAUGGGUACCACAGCUGCAGAGACCCUGGCUGUGGCAGGAAAUAUCUUUGUGGGAAUGACAGAGGCACCUCUGCUCAUCCGUCCCUACCUUGCAGACAUGACCCUCUCUGAAAUCCAUGCAGUGAUGACUGGAGGCUUUGCUACUAUAGCAGGCACAGUGUUGGGAGCCUUCAUAUCCUUUGGGAUUGAUGCAUCAUCCUUGAUUUCUGCCUCAGUGAUGGCUGCCCCUUGUGCACUUGCCUUGUCCAAACUGGUAUAUCCAGAAGUAGAAGAGUCCAAGUUCAAGAGCAAGGAGGGAGUGAAGCUGCCUCGAGGGGAAGAGAGGAAUAUUCUGGAAGCCGCGAGCAAUGGAGCCACAGAUGCCAUAGGCCUUGUUGCUAAUGUUGCAGCCAACCUGAUUGCCUUUCUGGCUGUAUUGGCUUUCAUCAAUUCUACCCUUUCCUGGCUGGGGGAAAUGGUGGAUAUCCAUGGACUCACUUUCCAGGUCAUCUGCUCCUAUGUCCUAAGACCCAUGGUUUUCAUGAUGGGUGUACAGUGGGCAGACUGCCCAUUGGUGGCUGAGAUAGUAGGAGUCAAAUUCUUCAUAAAUGAAUUUGUGGCCUAUCAACAACUGUCUCAGUACAAGAACAAACGUCUCUCUGGAGUCGAAGAGUGGAUCAAUGGCGAGAAACAGUGGAUUUCUGUGAAGGCUGAAAUCAUUGCAACAUUUUCUCUCUGUGGAUUUGCCAAUCUUACUUCCAUAGGAAUCACACUGGGAGGCUUGACAUCCAUGGUUCCCCAACGGAAGAGUGACUUGUGCAAGCUUGUGGUCAGGGCCCUCUUCACAGGUGCCUGUGUUUCCUUCGUCAGUGCCUGUAUGGCAGGAAUCCUCUAUGUUCCCAGAGGCGCUGAAACUGACUGUGUCUCAUUCUUAAACACAAAUUUCACCAGUAGAACCUAUGAGACAUAUGUGUGCUGCAGAGAGCUCUUCCAGAGUACUUUGCUGAACGGCACCAACAUGGCUUCUUUCUCAGGCCCCUGGCAAGACAAGGAGUCCAGCCUCAGGAAUCUUGCUAACUGCUGUGACCUCUAUACCAGCACUGUGUGUGCCUGAGGCUGGUGGGGCCAUUCCAUGACAGUUCUUAUAGAACAGAUUCGUGUUACCAAAUACAUGUUCAUGUACUUAGGCUUCCCAUUCUCCGAGAACUGCACUAAACUGCACAAAAUGAAAGUCCUGAUCUCACUGUGGCUCUGUAUAAAAACCAGGACCCACCUUUCCACUGGCGUGCCACAUAGCAGAUAGGAAAUUCAUUAUAGACCCUUCUGAGCCAAAGUAUGGUGGGAAUGUAGCUAAGGGGGAAAUAUGUGUGUGGUAAGUGCUAGGAUGGAGAUUCAACCCCUGGCCCGGGCCAGAGUGGGGAGAGUGGAGAAAUCCAAGUAGAUGCUUAGAUUUAACUUGGGGAUGGUGGCACACCCCUGUGGUCGCUUACCUGUAAGCUCAGGGCUAAGGGGAUUGCCCCAGAUCCAAGGCAAGCCUGGCCUGAACCCUGAAGUCUUUCACAGAAGUGAUAGAGUAGAGGCCAUGUCCUCGGGCAGGGAUGGAGGUGAGGGAAUAUAUUUCUAAAGUUAUAUGGGAAACACUUGUGAAUACUUAAUGACAACAUAUUUUUUUUAUUACCAAAGACUGUAUACUUAAAAACUCUUCAUUUUCAUAUAGUAAUAAAAAGAUUUCUGUGAUAAA